CAAAACAUCAGAGACUACAACAGUUCUCUGGAUGACAGCAGGAGUCGAGCCGACAUGCUGGAGGCUGACAUCAUAAACAUCAGUGAUGACAUUGAUGAACURCAGAAGAAGGUGGAAGCAAUGACACACAAGACGGGCGACCUGGAUGACAGGACCAUCGACACACACCAGAGGGCCGACCAUCUACUGUCCUUCAUCAACAACAUCAGCAUGGACAUCAACGCCAUGCUGCUGCUGGCCAACCAGUCGUUGAAUGAAACCGAGACUGGCCAGGAUGAUGAUGAGAGGGAGAGGAAGAUGAGGGAGGUGCAGGCCAUAAUGAGGGAGAUGAGGCUCAGGAACCUGACGGGACAGAAAAACCUGGCAGACAGAGAGAAGAUGGAAGCAGACAAAUUGUUGGAUCGUGUUCAAAAAGAGUUAGCAGAUCGUCAGCAGGAAAACAAAAAUCUGACCAAGGAGAUCAGAGACCGCCUGGCCCGCUUCCACUCUGACCUGAUGGACCUCCGAGAAUUUCUGAACGAGGCCGUGAACAACACAGCUGCAGCUGCAGAGCUCAACAAUGUUAACGAGAAAACUCUGGAGGACAACCAGAGGAGAAGUGAAGAGCUGCUGCUGGAGCAGAAAGAAGUGAAAGACUUGUUGAGCAUGGCUGAAGACGAUGUGACGCUGGUCAACGAGGUGCUGUCCUCACUGCAGGACUCUAAAGAGGAAUAUGAACGUUUGGCAGCUAAUCUGGAUGGGGCGAGGACACCUUUGGCAAAGAAGGUGCAGAGCUUUGCUUCAACCGACUCUCUGAUCCCUUUGGUGGAGGACGCAGAGAGACACGCCAACAUGCUGAGCAGAUUUACCAUGAACUUGUCCAGUUUGAUUUUAGAAACCAGGAAGGAGGGAACUGUGAAUGUGACAAAAGCUUACAGCAACAUCAUCGACAUCAUCAACGCAGCCGAAGAGGCAGCUAACAUGGCCGACAGAGCAGCUAACGACACGCUGGAGAACAUAAAGAAUCAUGAUCUUGGUCAGAUGGCAGAUAAACUGAAGAACCGCAGCAUGGAGCUGAACGAUGAAGCCAAACAGCUGAGUGAUAACCUGAACAGCACCCUGAAGCCUCGGCUGGAAGAUGCUCAGAGACGAUUAGAUGAAGCCAAAACCAAACAUGUUCAAACUGUGAAGGAUCUGGAGGCAGCUCAGAACAUGCUCAACCUGACCUCAAAUGUGACUCAGGAUAUUAAUGAAGUGAAGCAGGUCACAGGUGCAGCAAACAGCACAGUCACUGAGGUCAUUGACCAACUGCGUCCCAUCAGAAAGCAGCUGGAUGACUGGCAGAAGCUCUAUGGAGACACCAACACCACCAACGAUGACAUCAGCAAUGCUCUGAUGGAUGCCAACAACACUGUGACCAAGCUAAGUGAAACCAUUCCUACACUAAUGAAGAAACUGGACGAGUUGCAGAACCACUCCAUCCAAAUGCCCAACAUUUCAGAAAACAUCAACCGGAUCCGACAACUCAUCCAGCAGGCGCGCAACGCCGCCAGCAAGGUGAGGGUGUCAAUGAAAUUCAAUGGAGUCUCUGGAGUUCAGGUCCGUACUCCCUCCAACCUGGCUGACCUAGCUGCCUACAACUCCAUGAGGUUCUACAUCACGCUGACGGAUGCAGCGCGGCAAAGACGGCAAAACGUCCCAGACCCUAGCCUCCCCAAACAGUUUGUCUUCUACCUUGGCAACAAAGAUUCCAAUAAAGAGUUCCUGGGCAUGGCACGAGAGGGACAAAGACUGGUCUGGCAUUAUAAUGUUGGAGGACAAACGGCCCAGGUGAUGAUGAAUAAAGAUGUCAUGACUGAUGGGAACUUCAAUGAGGUCUUCCUUCAAAGGAUCCGCCAGUACGGUCAGAUGUCCAUGUCUUCAGUAGUCAGUGACCUGACUGAAACCACUCUGGCCAAUGUGGAGGCCCAGGGUGAUCAGGGCCUGCUCAAUCUCCAAAGCAGUGACACCGUCUUCUACGUGGGAGGAUACCCGAAAACUUUCAUCCCUCCUCCUCCUCUUAAUUUUUCUUACUUUAAAGGAGGUAUUGAGCUGGACACGCUGAAUGAGGCGGUGAUCAGUUUGUACAACUUUGAACAAACCUUCGAGAUGAACACCACGGAGGAGAAACCUUAUGGCAGGUCCAAGUCGACGCAGUCCCCAGGCUGGGAAAAUGAAGCAGCAUAUUUUGAUGGAAGUGGCUUUGCAGAAGUUGUUACGACUGAAAGAACAAAAACACGUUUCGACCUGGAGCUGAAACUGCUCUCCUAUAAAGGAAUUAUCUUCUUCCUGUACAACGAGAACAAGUUCCUGUGCCUGGCCGUGCUUCAGGGAAGACUCAAGGUUUUCUAUAAUUUUAACGGAUCACUGGUGGACGCUAAACCUGAAGAUUCAACCUCAGAUUUCCUGAAGAUCAGUGAUGGUGAAGCAAGAUCUCUGAAUGUUUUCAUCGUGUCGAGCAAACAACAAAUUGUGGUGAGGCAACCUUCAAAAACCCUCUUCACCAUCGGGGUGGACAGCCCUGGGUCCCUUCAGUUCCAGGACACCUACUAUCUGGGAGGAGUACCUCAGCACAAAAUGCCUGAAAGUUUGAAGAUGGUGUUUUCAAAGCAGAGCUCUGUGAAGGCCUGCUUCAGGAACAUGAAGGCCAACAAUAAUUUCAUCAAUCUGAAGACGAUGAACUCCACUGGAGUCAGUUUUGGCUGUGAGAGUGACCUGUUGGUGGCUCGGGAGGCUUAUUUCGACGGUCAGAGCCUCCUGGAUGCUGGUGUGGCUAAUGUCUCCAACCUGAGGAGCAGCUUCUACAUCAGCUUCAGCUUCAGAACUGAAAAAAACGAGGGUCUCAUGUUCAACCAUAUAUCUCAGGGAGACACCUGCCAGGUGUUUCUGAGGCAAGGCCACAUUGUGGUGAGAACUGGCAGCAAUGAAAUUAGGACUCAGAAGACCUAUAACGACAACAAUAGUCAUAACGUGGCUGUAUACAACAACAUUAACGGGAUGCGUCUCUACAUGGAUGAUGUACUGGAGAAAGUAAAUGGUGGCGGACGGCGGAUGGGCAGGGCAGCUGAAAAUGCUGGUUCUGAGGACACCACAUAUGUGGGAGGAGUGCCUAACUCGAAUCUCGCUAAUUUCACCGGAUGUAUCCGCAAUAUUUUCAUAAAAAGAGACACCAGUACACAGAUGGUCCUGAAUCUGAUGAAGGUCAAAGAGAACGUCAAUGUUCCCCUCAGCUGUCCUGCAGCUAAGAAACCUCAGCUGAUUGUUGCUAUGCAGCCGAAACGCAGUAACAAACCGAAGGGAAAGAACAAGAAGCCAUCCGGAUCUCGCAGUCGGAACACCAGGGAGUCUUGCCAGGGUCCGGUCCCUGUCCCUGAAAGCAGAGCGACCCACUUCAGUGGCUCCGCCCACAGCUACCAGAGAUACGACUCGGUGCCCGGCUCACUCAGCUCAGUGCUUCAUCUGUCCCUGGAACUGAAGAUCAGCUCCUCAUCAGGCUGCGUGCUGCACGCCGCCGGCAGGCAGCGAGGCAGAGCCGCAGUGGCGCUCAGCGUCUCAGACGGCUUCCUGUUGCUGUCUGUAGACGCGGGCAGGACCAAGGUCAGCCUGCGCAGCAACAAGAAGUACCAGGAUGAGCGCUGGCACACGGUCUUUAUAAGACAUGAAGACUCGAGGAUCAGUCUGAUCAUAGACGGCAUCAGUGCUCAGUCUAAGAGGAUACCGAGUGGAACCAAGACUCGGAUCUCUGGACCUUUAUACAUCGGAGGAGUCCCUGCUGUGAAGACAUCUCAGGGCUGCGACGCUUUCAUCGGUUGUGUCAGAGACCUGACCCUGAACAGAGUCCCUGCAGGGGUCCCAGCCCACAGCCAGGGGACGGUGCCCUGCUUCCCCAGUCCUCUGCAGCCUGGAGCAUACUUCUCUGGACGGGGGGGACACUUGGAGACAGAUCAGGUCCUGGUUUUGAGUCAGGAUGUGGAGGUCCAGCUGGAGGUUCGACCCAUCUCUGACUCUGGACUGCUGCUGCAUGCUGGGAGCUCAGCGGACCAACACCUAAGCCUGGUCCUCAGUCAGGGAGAGGUGACCGUUGCAGUCAACAGUGGUAAAGGUGAGUUCAGGACCUCCUUCAGACCGGAAAGGCCUCUGUGUAACGGCCUCUGGCACACAAUCACAGUGGUGAAGAAAAACAACCGCCUGCAGCUGCGGGUGGACGGAGACAGCAGGCAGAGUGUGGGCCCCACACAGAACCGCUCCAUGGGGACCAAAGUGACCCUUUACCUGGGAGGCAAACCCAGUGCUGUGAAAUCUGCCAGUCUUCCUGACGGUUCCUUCCAAGGCUGCAUCCGUAACAUGAGCGUGAACCACAGACGUGUGGAGCUGUCUGAAGCCGUGUCUGUGCAUGGAGCUGUGGGGCUGCGAGGCUGCCCACACAUGUAGUCUUCUCCUCACAUUCCAUUAAUAAAACUACUGGUGGUGGUG